AUGAAUCCUGGCCUGGUCCGUCAAUUUCAUUCAAUUCAGAGGCCACAAGGAGCACCACGUCCAACAAUUCGGGUUCGGCAGCCUCGGUCACCGCCAAGCUUGCGUCGCGCCGCAGCAGCGGCAGCUCCUCGGCCUUCCGGCUCCGACGUGGCGGCGAGCGCCGGGCUCAAGUCCUUCAGCAUGAACGACCUCCGCGCGGCCACCAAGAACUUCGGCUCCAACUCGUACCUAGGCGAGGGCGGCUUCGGGUGCGUGUACAAGGGGUGGAUGGACGAGGCGACGCUAGCCCCGACCAAGCCUGCCGUCGGCCGGAUGGUGGCCGUCAAGAAGCUCAAGAAGGAGAGCUUCCAGGGCCACAGGGAGUGGCUGGCCGAGGUGACCUACCCGGGCGAGCUCCACCAUGAGAACCUGGUCAAGCUGGUGGGCUACUGCUCCGACCCGGACAGCAACAAGCUGCUGGUGUAUGAGUACAUGCUGCGGGGCAGCCUGGAGAACCACCUCCUCCGGCGGGGCACGUGGUGCGGCGGGCGAGGGCGCGACGGCGCGCGCACGGCCGGCGAGGAUGCGGCGGCGUGUGCUAGGGCGGCGGGGCAAACGACGGCGGCGUGUGCUAGGGCGCCGGGGACUAGCGCACAUGGCCGGCGAGAACGCGGAGCAACGGCGACGGCGGGCGAGGACGGGCGGCGGCUGCGGGCAGCAAAUUUCGGGCCUGACAGUGGGUCCCGCUGUUUGCAGGCCGAGAUUUGAGAAGCCUGUUGGAGUUGGGCUCUGAUUUGGGUCCUCAAAUUUUACAGGCCGGCUUCCAAGUGGAGAAAUAGGGGCUUCAUUUUGGGCGUC